AAGCGAAACAAACAUUUUAGAGAGCAUUCACAUUCCAAGCGAAACAUGGCUGAAGCAGACGAUGUUCCUCCAUUGGAGGAUAUGUCAGAAAUGUUACAGCAGGUUGAGAGAUUGAGAGAACAGCCACAGAAGAAGACCACUCAACAGAACGGAACAUCACAUACUCAUAGAGAGAAUGGAUCAACAGUAAAGGUAACAGAUGGUCACACAAAAGCAAACACCAACAAAACCACAGCAGAAUCUGAGAAAAAGGAUGAGGCCAAACCCACACCCAAAUCAGGGGGAGAUAAUAAAGGAGGGUUCGGAGGAAUGAAAAAAGGCUUUCUUUUUGGGGGAAGUUCAUCUAAGUCAUCACCAAAAAAAAGUGCAAUUGUUAAGAAAGAGACAAAAACAGAAUCAGAUGAUUUAACAUUUAUAAAAAAGAAUGAACAGGAGUCAUCAUCACAGUUCAAGUUUCCAGAGGUAGAGAAGGCCAUGAGUCAAACUUCUAGUCUUCUCGACAACAAAGAAUGGGUAACAGAUGAGUUAUUGGAGAAUGUACAGAAGAAUGAACGCCUUACCCGACGCCUCCAGGACCCAACAUUCGCCCGUGCUCUGGCCGAGUUCCAGACCAACCCUCAAGCUGCUGCCCUUAAAUACCAGAACAACCCAGAAUUCCAAGAUACAUUUAAAGACUUCUGUGGAAUCAUGGGUGACCAUUUUAAUAAGAUGGGUGAAACAUCACCCAGUGCACCAAACCCACCACCUAAGGUCCAGGAGGUCCACACCAAAACUCCAGGGGGAGGGGCUGACCUGUCAGUCAGAAGUUCUACUAACCCAAAUCAACCAACAGCUGAUGAUGAAAGGAAAAUGCAGGAAAUAUUAUCCAACCCUGAAACACGUGAGAUUCUAAUGGACCCAUGGAUACAAAAGUUGUUUGAGAAAAUGAGGGCUGAUCCAGUGAAUGGACAAAGGUUUCUCCAAAAGGCUGAUCAAGACAAACAGAAAAAAAUCCAGAAGCUUGUUGAUGCAGGGUUGCUGCAGUUACAGAGGUGAUGGAGUGGGAUGAUAGUGUAUAAUGUUGACUAGACGUAAUGGUGAUACUGAUCCACCCAGAGGUAUCCAUGUAAACACUAUCAGAAUAUCACAUUAACAGCAACAAAUCAAACAUUGUAAACCCACAAACAGCAGUGAGUUUGUAGGGGCUACAUUAUGUGUCAUUCAUGAUCAGUCUGCCACAGGAUGUCCCUAGAGUGAUCACUAAUGGAGGGCUUACUGUCAACAUAGUUAACUGUAAAAUACAUUGAUCAGACAGCAUCUUUUAUCACAGAUGUAAAUAAUAUCUAAUUGUUUUCAUAAAUAUCAUUUUCAUUUUGCUAAAUAUAGAUCAAAUGUUUCAUCAAAUGAUAUAACAGUGUAUGUGUAUUCUGUCACAAUGACUAUUAAAUUAAAGAGGCUUUUAUCAGCCUGAAUAUAUUGAAA